UCCUGGUGACAGCCAUCCAGUGCUUCUUAUUGGUAGCUCAAAUCGUAUUGUCAUCACCCAUCUAAAUGGAACGGGUCUUCAGCCCCUGAGGUCCCUAAGUGUAAAUGGAACACUGGCAUUGGAUUUCCAGCACAGCCAGGAAAGGGUUUGCUGGGCCCUGGCUACAGAGUCCUCUGGGCAACUCCGCUGCGCCGCAACAAGGAAUCUACGUGGAUUCACACGGGAACAAGAAAUAAAAACACAACGGAGUAUACAACAUGUGGAGCAGAUGGCCAUUGACUGGCUGACAGGGAACUUCUAUUUUGUUGAACAUGCCUCUGACAAGGUAUUCGUCUGCAAUCGUGCCGGGGACACAUGUGUUACAAUUCUUCAACUAGACCUGCUGAAUCCAAAAGGAAUAGCCCUGGAUCCUCUCAUGGGAAUGCUGUUCAUCACAGACUAUGGGAAUGUGGCCAAGCUUGAGCGGUGCAACAUGGAUGGCUCAAACCGGACCCGACUAGUGGAUUAUAAAAUUGAGCAGCCCACUGCUGUCGCAUUGGAUAUGAUCAAGAAGCUUGUAUAUUGGGCAGAUGCCUACCUGGAUUACAUUGACGUUGUGGAUUACCAUGGCAGGAACAGGCACACCAUUAUCCACGGCAUCCAAGUGUCAUACGUAUAUGCAUUAGCUGUGUUUGAGGACUACCUCUACGCCCUGCACUCUGCCCCUUCAGAGGAAAGUUCAUCUGUGGAGUUGCUGCAGGUGAACAGGUUCAACAUCACAGCAGAGAGCAGGACAUUAUCCAGCCUGGGGAAUUCUAGAGCCCUGCGUGUUUACCACAAACUCGCUCAACCGAAAGUCAGGAGCCAUGCAUGUGAAAUGGAUUCAUAUGGAAAGCCAGGAGGAUGUUCUCAGAUUUGCCUUCUGAGUGGAAGUUACAAGUCUAGAACCUGCCGCUGCCGUAUUGGCUACAGACUUGGUUUUGAUGGAACAUCUUGUAAAAAGCCCAAAAACGAUUUCUUCCUCUUCUAUGGUAAGGGACGUCCUGGGGUCAUCCGUGGCCUGGAUAUGAACAUCAAGUCUGGUGACGAGCACAUGGUACCUAUCGAAGACCUUGUCAACCCUCGAGCCAUAGACUACUUUGCAGAAAUGGGACACAUUUACUUCGCUGACACCACCAGUUUUCUCAUUGGCCGUCAAAACAUAGAUGGAAGUAGUAGGGAGACAAUUCUCAAAGAUGAGCUUGAUAAUGUUGAGGGUAUUUCUGUGGACUGGAUUGGAAAUAAUUUAUACUGGACCAACGAUGGCUACAGGAAGACGAUCAGUGUUGCCAGGCUGGAGAGAGCCUCUCAAACCAGAAAGACGCUGUUGGAAGGAAACAUGUCACACCCUAGAGCAAUCGUAGUUGAUCCUCUGAACAGCUGGAUGUACUGGACAGACUGGGAAGAGGAUGAGGUCAACGACAGCAUAGGACGGAUAGAAAAAGCCUGGAUGGAUGGAUCCAAUCGCCGUAUUUUCGUCACCUCCAACAUGCUGUGGCCUAAUGGUCUGACUCUAGACCACAGUAGCAGCACGAUGUUCUGGUGUGAUGCCUACUAUGAUCAUAUUGAGAAGAUUUACCUGAAUGGAACUGGAAGAAUGGUGGUGUACAGAGGAAAAGAGCUGAACCAUCCCUUCGGCAUCUCUCAUUAUCGCAAUUUCAUCUUUUGGACGGAGUACAUGAAUGCGUCUGUAUUCCAGCUGGACUUAUCCACGGGCGAUGUCACUCUUCUACGGAGCGAGAGACCACCUCUAUUUGGCCUGCGCGUCUAUGACGCACAGAGCCAGCAAGGUGAGAACGCAUGCAGCGUGAAUUAUGGAGGAUGUAGUACCCUUUGCCUUGCCAUCCCAGGAGGCAGAGUGUGUGCCUGUGCUGACAACCAAGCUUUGGAGAAGAACAAUGUCACCUGUUCAGAUUCCUCCACUGAUGUCUUAGAGCCAACUCGAUGUAAAAGCGACGAAUUCCAGUGUCACAAUCAGCGCUGUAUACGGGCCUCGUGGAAGUGCGAUGGCGACGACGACUGUCUGGAUGGAAGCGAUGAGGAGAGCCACAGCUGCUACAACCACACCUGUCCUGAUGAUCAGUUCAAAUGCAACGACAACCGGUGCAUUCCCAAAAGAUGGCUUUGUGAUGGAACCAGUGACUGCGGUAACGGUGAAGAUGAAGCCAACACCACUUGCUCUGCCCGGCCCUGUCAAGCCGACCAGUUCUCCUGCCAGAAUGGACGCUGUAUACCUCGAGGCUGGAGCUGUGAUCGGGAGAAUGACUGUGGGGAUAUGUCAGAUGAAAUAUCGUGCAGUAAGUCUCCUGAAUAUUUACCACAUGCUAUUAUA